AUGGGGGUGCCAGGGAUGCUGAGACGGCCGUUUCUGCUAUCGAGGUCCCGCGGAGCCUCGAUUCUCUACCGUGCCACCCGCAAUGUGUCCUCUGCGCCUCCGCUGAUUCGCAUCCAGAACGGAACCUUCUAUCGCAGCUAUCCCUCGCAGGAGUCCCAGGAGCCCAACCCCCCUCUUUUCCCCAACUUCAACUUCGUUCUUCCCUCGAAACCGGAUGCUGCGGAGGGCAGUGAGAAAAAGGAAUUGCAACAUUGGGCCGUGAUUGGUUCCACAGGAAGGACUGCGCUCCUCGACGUCUUGCGCGGCCAAUACAUUUCCAUACCUCCGAACGCUCGCUCCUAUCCCUACCUCUCCACCGACGAGAUCGCCGCGAAAGACCCCCGGUUGCGAUAUCCGGGCAAUGCCAUCCAGUAUGUUGGAUUCAGCGGCGAAGGCUCGCAGGCCACAGGAGGAACCCGGGGUGCAUACUUGAGUGCUCGCUAUGAGAGUCUCCGAGAGGACACCGACUGGACAGUCCGGCAGUACCUAAAAGGCCAAACAUCGUUGAACCCGCUCGAGGGAGAAGAGGAGGGCAAGGUACACGAUGAAGCCUUCCUACGAGAGGUUGUCGCUAGCUUAAAGCUGGAAGAGCUCUUGGACAUGCCCGUUGCAAAUCUGAGCAAUGGUCAGACCAGGCGGGCACGGAUAGCCAAGGCCCUGCUUAACAAACCAGAGCUCCUCCUGCUGGAUGAGCCCUUCAUGGGACUUGACCCGGCCACUGUGAACAGCAUAUCCACGCUUCUGCGAGGGCUUGCGGAAAAAUCCGCGCCAAGGCUUGUGCUCGCCCUUCGUCCCCAGGACAAGGUGCCGGACUGGAUCACUCAUCUUAUGGUCCUUGGGAAUGGCCAUCGCGUCUUGUUUCAAGGCAGUCGAUCACAGGCUGAGAAGGUUUUUCAGGUCUGGAAACACCUGGGAAAGCAAAACCUCCACGCACCGAAGUCAUGGCCCGAAGACCAAAAGGUCAUGUUCCAGAGUGCGAAAAAGGAUCUCGAGAAUGGCCUCAUAGACCGGAAUCUUCUCGUGGAUAUGGGACUGCUCGAAGAGAGGACCUCGGGUUUGGAGAUACAUGCCGCCAUGGAUGGCGAGCCCAUCAUCGAGAUGGACGGCGUCCAGGUUCGAUAUGGCGACAAGACGGUGUUGGGUGGCUGGAAGCAAAGAGUCAAUGACGAGUUGAAAGAAGGCUUGCAUUGGAGAGUCCGCCGUGGUCAGCGUUGGGCCAUCCUAGGGGCCAACGGCUCAGGAAAGACGACCUUGUUGUCUCUGAUCACGUCGGAUCACCCCCAAGCCUAUGCGCUGCCAAUCCGCUUGUUUGGUCGUUCUCGCCUUCCAGAACCCGGAAAGCCUGCCAUCUCUGUUUUUGACCUCCAGUCCCGAAUCGGCCAUUCCUCUCCCGAGGUCCAUGCAUUCUUCCCCCGACAGCUCACGGUGCGGCAAGCGAUAGAGUCCGCGUGGGCAGAAACAUUCCUUUCCAAACCUGUUUUGAAUCAUGAGCGAGAUCUCGACGUCGACCGAGUGCUGAGAAUAUUCAAGCCGGAUCUGGAUCCCAAUUUCACGGCUGGCACUGCUGGCACUGCUGGCAGCCCAUCCCAGGGAACAGGAAAAGGGACGAAUGGAGGAGAAAAGGGCGAUAAAUCGGAAGCGUUUGACUUGCUUUCGCCAUUUGAGGCGUCAGGCCGCAGUUUGGACACGGCCAAACUGCCCGACGACGAAGUGAGCUAUGCAGAUUCACUGCGUUUCGGGUCUCUCAGUCUCCCGCAGCAACGGCUGGUGCUCUUCCUCCGCGCGAUCAUCCACAAGCCAGACCUGGUGAUCCUCGACGAGGCAUUUUCGGGCAUGUCGCCGUCACUCCGCGAAAAGUGUUUCCACCUGCUCGAAGGCGGCGAUCAGAGACGGCUGAAACGGUUCGACGUUGACGACAGCCUGUUCUCGGGUAAAGAGGGGCGCUUCACCGGUCUAACGGACGAGCAGGCCCUCAUCGUCGUCAGCCACGUCAAGGAGGAAGUCCCGGGCUGCGUGCGGCACUGGAUGCGUCUCCCGUCCGACAACGACGGCGUAGGCGAGCCCCUCGAGUUCAAGAUGGGCGUCCUCCGCGCCAACGACUCUCUGAACCUGAACAGCGAGCUCUGGGAUCACAUCUGGAGCUCCAACAAGAUGCGAAAGACCCGGCGUCGCCCGUCGAGCAAGACAAAGGAGUAUCCCGGCGAUGAGAUUGUGUAUAACUAUGUUCUGCCUUACGCGCCGUCCUCUCGUAAAAGUGAUUGA